UCCAUCGGCGGGAUAGUGCACCGUUCUCGUUCCGUUUCUCGUUGAUGUGUUCCAAACUGGCCGUCCGCCAUCAGGCUGACAGGAUGGACGCUGGACGCACGGAUCUCACGAGAUGGCUUUGAACCCCGUCCUGCACGCUACUCAAUUGUUGCGCCAGGCAUUGUUUUCGUAGGUUUUCACUCGCACCGAAGCCGGCUGUGAAACAAGACUAAUUUCGAGCGCGAGACAAUCAACGCCGCACGAACCGACGACUUCUUCGAUUACGCGCGCUAAUGAUCGACGACAGUUGAAAAUCUGUGUCGAGGUGUGCGUCUCGUAUAGCCGAAAAAACCGGCGUUGACGGUGUUUUAUCGUGCCGACUCGUUGAACUUGUGAUAAGCCGCCAAAAUUCCUUGGAUAAUGGAUAGCAAUUCCGUGUCACCGAUGCCGGAACUGGCGCCCAUUGCGGAGUUUGAUAAGACGCCCCCCACCCCUCCCGAGGAUACUCUUCCGAUGGACGACCUGCCUCCUCCGCCCACUACGGUGAACAUGCACGACGAGAAGGAAAAGGACGUCAAGGAUAAGGAGAAGGAAAAGGAGGAGGAGAGGAAGAAGGAAAAGGAGAAGGAAGCGCAUCGGCGCUACGAGGACGAAAACCAGUGGGGGUGCGGUAGUUGGUUAGAAUACACAUUAGUGAUAGUUCUGGCGAGUAUAUUGCUGCUUGGGUCGCUGGCCCUCACAUUAUUCUGGAUAAUAAAAUACCACGACGGGUUCUCAUGGAGAGAGAACCCCAAGAAGCAGUUCAAUUUACAUCCCGUUCUGAUGGUUGCAGGGUUUAUUACGUUCAGUGGAUUCUCAAUACUGCUGUACAGGAUAUGCAGAUGCUGCCGGAGGAUCUACGUGAAACUCCUCCACACGGUGUUCCACGCGCUGGCCAUCCCGUGCGUUGCCGUCGGCUUCGUGGCCGUCCUCGAUUCCCACAACCUGAACGAGCCCGCCGCCAUUCCAAACUUCUACUCUCUUCACAGCUGGAUAGGUUUCGUCACAAUGGGACUGUUCGCCAUACAGUUUGUCGUAGGAUUCUUUAGUUUCCUGGUCCUCCUGUGCUGUGAGGGUGCCACCGCUGGUUUUAGAGCUUCUCUAGUGCCAAUCCACGCGUCGUUCGGACUGACCACGUUCAUGUUAGCCAUAGCUGCCGCCGUCACAGGUUUAACAGAAAAAGCUAUAUUCUCUUUAGGAGCACGCUAUUCCACGCUAGACGACGAGUCCAUUGUAGUUAAUACGAUCGGCAUGAGCCUAAUAGCCCUCGCUAUAGUAGUAGCGUAUAUCCUUCAAAGGGACGAGUUCCGUUUCAGGGCGCAUAUUCUGAUACGUUCUGGAGAUCUCUAAUAUGUAGUACUCUAUAUUUGUUUGUAGUCCAAGCCGUCAUCAAAUAUUCUUUUGACUAAUAUUAACAGGAUGAUAUUGUUGGGAAAAUAAAAUACUGAAAGUAAUUGUUAUUCCAGAGAUACUGAAAGUAGUUAAAAGUAUACUUUUAAACCAGGAUUUCUCAAACUGUGGUACGGGAAGUUCAUUUAGUUUUUUCCCAUUUGGAAUGCUAGGUCAAGCAGAUAUUCUAGAAAGUAUUAUAAACUGGUCAAACCAAGGCAUGUAUACUUGUAUACAUAUAUUUAUACUAUUAGUUUACAUUCCCAGUUAAAAAGUUUGAGAACCUCCGCUCUAAACUAAAAUACUUAUCGUACGUAUUUUAUCUUCCCAUUUAUACGAAAAUAUUAAUCAUAAGAACAGUACGAGUUUAUAACGUGAAUGUUUUUUAAAUUUUCCAUUGUAUCUAGCUUAACUUUUUUUUUGUUUAAGUAUUUAGAUAUAUUCUUGUGUAUGCGUGUGUAUGUUAAAGUACAUCGAGGUUUGUAUAUUUUGUCUGUAAGUAGUUACGUUAAGCGUAGGUAACUAUUAUAUUGUUAUUUUUUAUAUUUGAAAUUAAACUAUUUGAAAUACUCAUAAAAUUUCAAGAUUCAUUUAAACGUUUUUUAGCUCCUUGAGCUUCUCAGUAAUAGAAGAAUUAAUUCUUUAAAAUGAUUUAUAACCUUUAUGUGAUAUAUACCCAAUUAAGUAGGCAUAAAAUGUAGAAUUUUUGCAUUCAGAAAUAAUUUUGUACUUCAAAAUUAGACUGAUUAGUCGUAAAUUGUACUCCGGUAUUGGUCUGAAGAAUUUGCAUUGUGAGCUUUACUGCAUGCGUUAUUAAAUCAAAAUUUAGUUGCAUGAAAUCGUUGCUUAACUAUACACAAUCGGCACUUUCCUUCAUACAGGGCGUUUUUGAGAAAGCAACCAUAAAUUUAGGGACUGUCGACAGAUCGUAAAAAAUAAGAGGAUUUUUUCUUAUAGAUCAUUUUUUGUUGUUUUUACGAAAAUAAGACGUCGGAAAUAUUUUUAAUGACAAUAUUGUUCUCCAAGUCCCUGAAUUUGUCGCACUUUUCCAAACACCCAGAUUGGUACAAUUAUUUACUUCAAAGCAAAGCAUCGUGCACGGAUUUUCUUAGAAAAUCAGAUAGGUUUCGUAAUUUUUAAUCAUAACGUGAUCUAACAACAUCUAACAAACCUUUUAGGGACGAAUAUUCCGACUGGAAAGAACAGGGAAUAGUGAUAAACGCCCUGGGUAUGGUGUUCGUAGCAAUUGGUAUCCUGGUAUCCUUUGCUGUCCGCA